AUGGAUUCAUCGUUGCGUCCUGUGGGCAAUCCAUACAUUACAAGGUUCAAUCACUUGCUGGAGAUACCAAAACUAGAACGAUGGUUCCGUAGUGAUCCGAAUCCAUCUAGACAAAAGUUAAUCAAUUAUAUGAACAUGCUUAAUGGUUCCAGUUAUCGUCGUCAUAAUAUCAAAGUAACGUAUCAGCAAAUUUGCAACUGGUUUGCUAAUCAGCGAGCUGCCUUUAGGAAAUCACCUCAGACGAAUCAAGCAGCAGCAGCACAUUGUCCAUCGUCGGUUGCGCAAUCAUCUAUUCUGCUUCAGCCUCAAUCUCAUUCCAGUCCACCAAAUGAAUUCCGUCCUAAAUUUGACUUUAACAGCUUACUGGAUAGUAAACAAGCCAAUGGAAUUAGUGAACGUAUUGAGGGUGGUUCGGAAUCACCAACACCAAAUGAUGAUGCUAGUGUUCAUAGCGCAAGUGACUGUGGUUUCGAUCAUGUUCCUGUUCUCAAACAGGAUUCUGCUACUUCAUCUCCGGAAAUAUCAUUUGACCUUAAUGGAGGUCAUGCAUCCACAUCACCGAAACCAACUGGCACUGAAUGUAAUACUCAUCAACAGCUAACCAAUAAUGGAAAUGGUACAGUUGGUCAACCCUCACAAGCACAAACACCAUCAAGUACUGUCGCUCGGUCGAGAUUGAUGUUUGACCCCUUAACUGAGCUUCCUGUUCUCGAAAAAUGGUUCGAAGAGAAUCCACACCCAACAUGGCUGCAAAUUGACCAUUAUACAGAAGCACUAAACAGUUGUCAAUAUCGACAAAGUUAUCCACCGAUUUCAACACACAAUGUUAAGAUUUGGUUCAAGAAUCGUCGAGCGAAAUGUAAGCGAAUGCAGACUGGUGACUUAAAUUUAAAAAUGAUCAUUUAA